AUGAAGCAGAACGAGACUGGCCGUGGAAACUGUUGUGGAAACAAUCUAAUACAUUCUCCCAGUGCUACUCCAGACGGAAUAUUAUGCAUUUCAUUCGUUGUUGGACUGUACAUAAUGUGGAUAGUAUUCUACUUCUCCGGCCUGGUUGCUUAUGCUGUUUAUAAAGACUGUGACCCACUCACAUCAGGAAGGAUAGAGAAACCUGAUCAGAUCGUUCCAUACCUCGUGAUGAACAGAUUGGCUCACCUGACUGGAAUUCCUGGCAUUUUUGUGGCUGCGGUGUACGGUGGCGUCCUCAGUUCUUUGUCAACUUGUGGAAAUUCUGUGGCCUGUCUGAUCUGGGAAGACUUCUUGAAGGACCUGCCUUAUUUCCGGAGACUGAGCAGCACAAAAGCAACACUUGUCGUCAAAUUCCUCUCCGCAAUAGCUGGCGUGGGCCCGGCAUCCUCCUUGGGGACACUGGCUGGGGGAAACCCGGGCCAAAAAGUUUUCCAUGGGGCUGUGGCGGGUUUCGUCACGGCUUUCGUUUACAACAUAUGGCUGGUGAUUGGCAAGUUUGUACGUGGUGGAGGAUCACCACCACGAUUACCCUUGUCCACCUCGGGAUGUCCGGAGAACCUGGCAAACAAUACUAACUCUACCCUCGUGACUCUGCUUACCAGAGCAUCAAGCAGCGCUCUGCUUCCCAACCUUACUACUACUCCUCGAUCAACACACAAGACCAUGUAUGAUAUCUCGUACUGCUACAGCGGCGUCACUGGCAUCAUCAUCACUCUGGUCAUCAGCAGUUUAGUCUCCCUCUGCACAGGUCCCCUCAGCCCAAAAGCUCUAGACGACAACGUUGUCAAUCCAUCUUGUGCACGAUUCUAUCACUGGAUGUGGCGGAGAUUCAGUAAGUGCGAUGACGAUGAAGACUACACCACAACACCAGAACACUGACGCUGACGCUGUGCCACUUAGUGUGCUGCUCGACAAGAACACUGACACUGCAACACUUUCUGUGGUGCCAAACCUCCAUCCACACGAAAUUAAUAAUUUUGUUAGUAGUGCUCACCAGUAACUUGAGAGUUAUGGUAGUGUUUUAGGUAU